CGACUCGACUCCCCACUCCCCAGCCCCAGUCCCAACAGAAACCCCGUCCAGACUGCGCCGCUUCGGCCCCAGCUUCUCAAUCGGACAUUAGGAGAGAUGGGGAGGCGCCGCCGGUUCACGCAGCAGCCCACCAGCGACGACGACGACGACGACGACAAACCCGUCCCGCAGCCGCUCAGAACGACCAAGCCCACAGCCCCCCUCUUCUCGGGCGCCAAGAAGCAGCAGCGUCACCGUCCCGACGAGGACGACCUGGAACUCGAGGAAGAGGAAGAGGAUGAGAAGGACCUGGCGGAGUUGAGGAAGAACGAGGAGGAGGAGAGGCGGGAGGAGACGCAGACCCGCCGCCGCAGGGGCCGCAAACCCAAGCGCCCCGCCGAGGAGAGCGACGAGGAGCCGGAGGAGAAAAAGGCGGAAUCAGAGGAGGAGGAGGAGUCCCGCGAGGAGGAUAGCACGGAGGCGGUACCCGUCGGGGAGCCUUUGAAGGUGACCGGCAAGGGGAAGAAGCAGCGGAGGCAUUACUUCUCCUUUGAGUACGAGGGCAACACCUUCGAGCUUGAGGACCCGGUGCUGCUCACGCCCGAGCAGCAGAAAGAGAAGCCCUAUGUCGCCAUCAUCAAGGAUAUAACAGAAAAUGAUGGGAGCUUAUCGGUAACUGGUCAGUGGUUUUAUAGGCCAGAAGAAGCUGACAAAAAGGGUGGUGGGAAUUGGACAGCAAGUGACACAAGAGAGCUAUUUUAUAGUUUUCAUAUAGAUGAUGUGCCAGCGGAGUCAGUUAUGCACAAAUGUGUGGUCCAUUUCAUUCCACUGAACAAGCAGAUUCCCAGUCGAAAGGAACACCCUGGGUUCAUUGUCCAAAAAGUUUACGACACAGUUGCGAAGAAAUUGUGGAACUUAACAGAUAAGGAUUAUGAGGAUAACAAGCAACACGAAAUCGAUCUCCUCGUGAAGAAAACAGUGGACCGUAUUGGACAGCUUCCUGACCGUGAACCUAUAGAUGUACCUGCUGACAGUACUGAUCAGUUCUCAAAUAAACGCGGUCUACGAAAGAGACCUCCAAACCCUUUAGACGUGUCGAGAGAUACAACAGGCAAACCCGAGCAAUUCAUAAAAGCAGAGACACCUGGGAGUGAUAAUCUAAAGCAUUAUGCCAUCCUCGCCAAAUAUAAAGCUGUCACCAACGCCACUUAUCGCGAUAAGUGGCUUGAUAAACUAGUAGACACUAUUCCAUUAACAUCAAAAGAAGGCGCUGAGGCUUCUCAUGCCGAUGCUGGCAGUGUGGCCAAAAUUUCAAAUAGCUCUUCAUCUGCAAGGGAUAGUAGUUCAAGUGAUAAUGAAAAUUCAUAUCCACCAGCUGUGGUUGUUUCAAUAAUGGCCUCCUUAGAAAGGUCUACAUAUGACGCUCUUCAUGCUGACUUCCAGAAGUAUAAUCAGAAAAUGAGAAAAUUAGAAUUCAACAUCAAGAAUAGCCCUGUACUGCGCAGGCGACUGAUGAACAAGGAGCUUGACCCUCCAGUUCUUUUAACCAUGUCUCCAGAUGAACUAAAGGCUGGGUUGACACCAGCAGAGAAAACGUCUGAACCAGAAGAAGCAAGGCGAUUGCAGAUGACUGACGCACGAUGUGGAAGGUGCACAGAAAAGAGAGUAGGCAUUUCUGAUAUUAUUCAUGCUGGUCAUGGGGAUCGAUAUCAGCUCGAAUGUAUUUCCUGUGGUUACACAUGGUUUUCGUCAAGAGAUGCCAUCUCAUCGCUGACGGUCGAUACUCCAAGUUCUGGUGGGAAUGUAGGCACCGCUCCCUGGGCGACAGCAAAGUUUGAUGCCCUUCAGAAGCAGCUGGUGAGCCCUCGGGAUCAGCCAGACAACAAGGCAAGUGCUGAUGCUCUCCAGAAGAACACGGUGGCAUCCAUUCCUAAACUUGAGAGGCAGAAAUCACUAAUCAAUCCGAAGCCAGAGGAGCCCUCUGCACCCACACUGGAGAAGCAGAAGACGUUCACCAAGCCAAAGCCGGAGGAACCCUCUGCACCUUCAGCUAGUCAUUAGUGAAUGAUCAUGGGCGUUGCAAUGUUUCAGAGAUUGUACACCGGCAGCUCUUAAACAUUCAGUAGAAGCAUGAAUAGGAUGACAACACUUUCUUGUAGUCUGUCGUUAAAAAUUUCGUUAAACUAGUUUCAUACUUCCAGAAGCUACUUUUGAUCUCA